AGAGCCGGGCCGGCGCGGGCAGCGGACUGGGCAUGCUCGGCAGCCCGGAGGCUCGCGGUGGCAAGUCGGAAGCGUUCGCACCAGCGAGGCGGCGGCCGCGGGCAGGACGGAGCGGACAGGGCGGGCCAGGAGAGGCAGCCGUCCCUCCGCGCACUGCGAGCCAGCGGGAGAGCGCGAUCCCGCUGCGGAGCCCCGACGCUGCCCUGCCCCGGAUUUCGGUGCGCGGCGGGGGGCUCGGCGAGCGGAAUUCCGGCGGCGGCCGCGACUCCGGUGCAACCACUUGAGAGGAAAAUGGUCCUGAAGCCUUGACUUGAGAAGCGUGGCGUGGAGCGGUGUCACUGGCUUUCAGGAUAACAAAGCUGUUUUCCAAAUGUCCAUCUGCAUCUCGACUUUCACUGCCUGCACACCAAUUUCAGCAUCUUCCCUGGAGAAGAAUGACAGAGGAGUCUGUGGACAGGUAGCAGGCUGAGGGAGCAUGAACGGCCUUGAACGUGCCCCUGGGCUUAUUUAGCCAUUCGCUUUUCAUUAGGAGAAAGAGACGGCCAUCCGCUUGAGAGGGGUGGUCUCUGACACGGAGGCUCCAGCUACAUCCCUUAUCCCACUGGACCCAGCCCUGGACUCGCCCGUGCUGGCCGGCCGUUUCUUUCACGCCUCGAGUCAGGAAGAGGGUGAACUUCAUGAAAAUCUGAGUUAACUCCACUUCAAGCAAGCUCCAGUGACCGAAGAGCUAUAGAUCUUCUGAAUUUCGAGAGCAGUGAAGUAGGAGCAUAGCAGAGAGUGUAUGAAAGACAACACGUUGGAAGGAAGAUUGAUGCAGACAAAAGCAACAUGAUUCAGGGACAUCACUGAGAUCUUUGGGGACUGCACAAAAGCGUCUGGUUGGGAACGUCAUGAAGGAAGGGACAAGACUCUGCCCGAGGAAGCGUACGCGAGAAUAACGUAGAAGGAGCCCGUUGAUAAAUGCAGUACAGCUGCUGUUGGAGGCCUGGAAACUGAGUUUUGGAAGGAUUCAGUAACGGAUAAACACCGCUCUGUGGGUACACAGCAGAGGUGUAGUUCAAGCCUGUCUGUCCAGCCCGAGUCAAACCUUCUCCACUGUUCGUGGUUUUUUGAAAGUCUUCCGCGUCGAAUGACCAGCCUAGAAGGCUCUUGCUAGCUGGUGAUGGAAAUGUGCUGGAGCAAUGGGAGAAGCUGGUAACUUCUAGGAAGCCAAGAUGACAAGAAUUGUUUUAAAUAAUCAAAGGAAGACGGCCGGGGCGCCAUGAGGUGAGCGCGUGCCGGCGCCCAGAGCCCCGGAGAGCGGUGUGCGGGCUGCGGGAGCGGGAGCGGCCCCGCGCAUCUGGCCACGCACGUCCCCGGCAUGAGGCCGGGCAGCAUGGGUGCGCCGCCGCGGGACCGCUGACCCCCGCCCGCCGGGACCAUGAAGGAGGUGGCGUACUGGUCCCCCAAGAAGGUGGCAGACUGGCUGCUGGAGCACGCCAUGCCCGAGUACUGUGAGCCCCUGGAGCACUUCACGGGCCGGGACCUGAUCGGCCUGACCCGGGAGGACUUCGCGCGGCCGCCCCUGUGCCGCGUGUCGGCCGACAGCGGGCAGCGGCUCCUGGACAUGAUCGAGACCCUGAAGGUGGAACAGCACAUGGAGGCGCACAAGAACGGCCACGCCAACGGGCACCUGGGUGCAGGUGUGGCCGGCCCUGGCCCCGCCGCCGGCUUUGGCCUGCAGGCCAAGCCCAACGGGGUGCCCAACGGCUACAGGAAGGAGAUGAUCAAGAUCCCCAUGCCAGAGCCCGAGCGCUCCCAGUACCCCAUGGAGUGGGGCAAGACGUGCCUGGCCUUCCUGUAUGCUCUGUCCUGCUUCGUCCUCACCACAGUGAUGAUCUCGGUCGUCCACGAGCGAGUGCCUCCCAAGGAGGUGCAGCCCCCGCUGCCGGACACGUUCUUUGACCAUUUUAACCGGGUGCAGUGGGCCUUUUCUAUCUGUGAAAUUAACGGCAUGAUCCUCGUAGGACUCUGGUUAAUUCAGUGGCUGCUCUUAAAAUACAAGUCCAUCAUCAGCAGGAGGUUCUUCUGCAUAGUCGGCACGCUCUACCUUUACCGUUGUAUCACGAUGUACGUGACCACCCUCCCGGUGCCCGGCAUGCAUUUCAACUGCUCUCCGAAGCUUUUUGGAGACUGGGAAGCCCAGCUGCGGAGAAUAAUGAAGCUCAUCGCUGGCGGCGGCCUGUCCAUCACUGGCUCUCACAACAUGUGUGGGGACUAUCUGUACAGCGGUCACACGGUCAUGCUCACACUCACCUACUUAUUUAUCAAAGAGUAUUCCCCUCGACGAUUCUGGUGGUACCACUGGAUCUGCUGGCUGCUCAGCGUGGUUGGGAUCUUCUGCAUCCUCUUGGCGCACGACCACUACACUGUGGACGUGGUGGUGGCCUACUACAUCACCACGAGACUCUUCUGGUGGUACCACACGAUGGCCAACCAGCAAGUGAGUGUCCCUCCUCGUGGGAUUGCAGCCUCUCUUCCCCCUGGCCCUGCGGUGCCCACACGGCAGGGGGAGGGGGCGGACCGUCCGGCAUCUAAGGUGCUAAAAGAAGCUUCCCAGAUGAACCUCCUGGCUAGGGUGUGGUGGUACAGGCCGUUUCAGUACUUCGAAAAGAAUGUCCAAGGAAUCGUACCUCGCUCUUACCAUUGGCCCUUCCCCUGGCCAGUCGUCCACCUCAGCAGACAAGUGAAAUACAGCCGCUUGGUGAACGACACAUAACGGCCGCUCAAGGCCCUGGAGCGUGGAGCUGUCCGAAGUGCUAAGAACUCCGUGAGAGAAGAUGCCAUAAACAAACACCUCCCUAAUCCUGUUCUCUUUCAAAAGUUACCUUGACUUAACCUAUUGAGUUACCUGGUCAGCACUGUGAUCUUUUUUUCUCUCCAAAGGACCUGCGUUGGACAACAAUAAAGAGAAUUUAACCUAUCAUGCACUGUACACAUUUUCCUGUUCAUAAGUUUGGGAUUUCCAUAACCUGCGACCACCCUGUUCCUUUGUAUAUGAUGCAGCAGCAUAAAUGUAAGCUUUUAUAUCAUCAGUUCUGGUCUUUCCAGGCACAUCUGGAAAUAAAGCGUAUUAUUUUCUUGGGAAAACAUACUUUUCAUAUCUCUUGCCCCAAAGAUUGGGCUGUAAGCCAUUUUCUAGCAAAUGUCUCUAUGAAGGUUUCUGAGUACCUGAAUGGGGUUCAAUUCUGAAAUCUUUCUACCUGUUGCACCGAUAUUCAAAUAAAAAUGACAGACACAGAAAGGUUCGGUAACUUUGGGUUUUGUAAAAAUCAGCAGAGAGAGUGUGUCAAAAAGUGCAAAAAAAAAAAAGAUUCUGUUAUAAAGUGAUUUUCUAAGUAUUUCCUAACUUUAUUUUUCAAAAUAAUGUUAUGAAAACCAAAUUUAAAGAUUUUUACAUGUCGGAGAGAAGAGAGUUAAAAUUUAAAAAUGCUUCUUGGGAGAGAAAUUUGUCUAUGUUUCUAGUGCCUUUCUUGUCUUGAUUGUAUGGUCAGUAGGCAAUCUUAAAUGUUUUUAUUUAAAAUAAAAUAUUCCAUGGAAAUAUAAAUGUAUGUAUACACUACUAAAUUUUGCAUUUAUAGCUAAAUUAAAUCAGAAGACUGCUUAUGGUUUUUAAAUCGCUAUGAAUUAAAGAAAGGGGGAGUUAAUCAGAAAGUCAGAACCUGUUCCCAUAUUGUGAGCAGGUAGCAAUGACAUGUACCACUUAAAUUAUUUUAUCACCUAUUUGGUAGUUCGAUUUUAACUAUACAGUGAAAACAGCCAUGAAUACUUUGUUUUUAAAAAGAGAGUUUUGAAAAAUGAUCAUUUAACUAAAAAACGUGAAAGCUCUAAAUUAGUUAUCCAUACUCUCACGACAAUUUUGUUGGUGAACAACAAAACAGAGAUCUAUUUCUUUAAAAUAUAUUUGUGCAGAAACUGCAUGUAACUCUAAGUUUUACUCCUAACAUGAGUAUGUUUGGGGAAGUAUUCUCUUCUAUACUUGCCAAUGUGGAGAACAAAAUAGUUUUUUAAGAAUGAAGAAGUAUAUAUAUCCAUUCUGUAUUUUAUGCAGCAGAAUUAUCUUCCAUAGGGUUUUUUUGUGUAUUCACAAGGUGAUAUUUGUAUUGUAAAACAAUAAUGGUGAAGGAAAUAAAAAGGCUUUUAAAAUUU